AUGACGGUGAUCAACUCAGCAUCCUGGAUUGUGACUGUUGCUGCUGGCACACUUGAUAGGACUUUCCUCACAAAGAUCACCCUUGGAAACAACAGCACCUAUGUGGUAAGAGUUUCAUCAAUGGAUAAGAUGUUCACCGACUUGCACAUCAAGUCAAGUCUCAACCCAAAAAGUAUGCAUGUAGUCUAUGCUGAAGAUAUUGCAUCUAAUAAUGCAGAUGAUACAGAUGCAAGAAGCUGUACUGCAGGAUCUCUGAACUCUACUCUAGUGAAGGGAAAUGUGGUGCUUUGCUUCCAAACACGAGCACAGAGAUCAGCAUCAGUGGCAGUAGAGACUGUCAAGAAAGCUCGUGGUUUUGGAGUCAUCUUCGCCCAGUUCUUAACCAAGGACAUCGCAUCUUCAUUUGACAUUCCCUGUGUUCAAGUAGACUAUCAAGUUGGAACAGCAAUACUUGCAUACACUACUAGCAUGAGAAACCCAACAGUUCAGUUUGGCUCAGCGAAAACUAUUCUUGGAGAACUAAUAGGCCCAGAAAUUGCAUAUUUCUCAUCCCGGGGUCCUAGUUCUCUAUCCCCCUCUGUUCUGAAGCCAGACAUCGCCGCCCCAGGUGUCAAAAUUUUGGCUGCAUGGACACCGGCUGCUGCCAUAUCAUCCGCCAUUGGAUCUGUGAACUUCAAGAUCGAUUCAGGAACCUCGAUGUCCUGCCCACACAUUUCAGGCGUGGUUGCUCUCCUCAAAUCAAUGCAUCCUAAUUGGAGUCCUGCUGCAGUAAAAUCAGCACUUGUCACAACAGCGACCUUCACGUACCAGCACACUGAACCAUGA